AUGACAUCCCAUGACUGGCGAGCGAUUCGGGACUCGAACAAGGCCAUCAUCGACCUGCGAGUCACCACCAUUCGUUCAAAAACACCUGCAGCAACCUCGGCCGCUCAGGGUGAGAAGAAGCCGGAGGCGGAGAAAGCCAAAAAUCAGCCAUCCCCUACAAUCGUACAGUCAGACGGCGACAACAAGGACAAGUACGACCCCAAGGGCCUGCACGAGCUUCGAAAACUCUAUGACGAACGCGACCUAGGAAGCGAGGGCGAUGCGGAACAACUUCGCUGGCGGCUACCUGUUGUAGUCGCUCCGGCCAAGAUCAGACUCUGA